GGGCUUUGCACUGUGGACAUAGGCACCGGUCCGCUGUUGGAGUUUGACGUGGCAUUCAGCUCGCAUUUACAGUGCGUACUGUGCUGAACCCUGACCAGCUUAACCAGCUGAGCCUUUCAAUCAGUUCUUGGUCUGGGAUGAGAAGAGCCUGAACGGGACCGGGCGCGAUGAAUCAGCAGGGCUAUGUGGCUGGUUUCUCUCAAGCCCCGCCAGGUGUAGCUGGCUAUUCUAAUGCCUACGGAGCCUCGCACCCCCAGACUCAGUACGUGCACUUCGGGGUCCCGCCACAAGGGGCCGCUCCAACGCCAGCCAUGUUCAAGACGCCUGCAUCUCCUGGAUCCGGCAUGGCCCUACCUCCAGGGACUGGCCAGUUCAUGACCAAUGGUCUGCACAAUGGAACGAGCGAGCAAAGGUUCCCCCCUCAUACCUCAGUCCCUUCUCCGUCUGCCUACCCUCUCCCCGCUGGUCCCAGAUUGGCUGCUGCACCAGCGUCCACACAGCAGCUGACCAGUCAGAUGGGUGGCAUGCAAAUCAGCGGAUAUGGCCAAGGCGCACUACAAGCUACUCAGCCACCUAUGAGUUCUGUGGCACUGCAGACAAUGUCUUCACCACCGUUGGGACAAGUCCAGCCAUUACAGGCCCCUCCCACAUGUCCUCCUCCAAUGGGUAUGGGCCCAGCCAUGGGCACCAUGGGCACAGUCCCGCCAAUGGGCAUGCCCGGAUCAUUCCCAGGCCCGCCCCCUCCCAGCAGUGGCACACUCCAGCAACUUCCAGGAUCAUGUGGGCCGCAGGAGUUGCUGCAUCAGCAAGGUGGAUACGGGGACCAACCAGCGGGCUCCCUGCCCGGCUUCCCUGGGGCCUUCCCCCCCGGGGCAGCACAGAUGGCGGGGCCCCCGCAGAAGAAGUUGGACCCCGACUCCAUCCCCAGCACGACACAAGUGAUCGAGGACGACCAGGCCAAGCGUGGCGGGCAGAUCUACACCACCAACCUCAGGGGCCAGGUACCCCCACUGGUCACUACGGACUUUGUGGUUCAGGACCAAGGCAACGCCAGCCCGCGAGUCAUGCGCUCCACGGUCUACUCCUUCCCCUGCACCGCCGACCUCGCCAAGCAGUGCCAGGUGCCCCUGGCGGUCACCAUCAAGCCCCUCGCUCUCACCCCCAACAACGAGGUGUGUGUGUGUGUCUCGGCCAGGGAGGAGGGCGCCGAGAGCUCAGCAGUCAAGGUGGGCUUCGUGACCUACAACAAAAUCCUCCACUUCUACAACGUGAAGAGCACCCUGGCCCAGCCCCAGAUGAUGGUGGUGUCAGACGUGGCUGAGAUGUUCUUGCCCCUGCUUGACGGCUUCCUCGUCAACUUCCAGGAGUCGCGAUCUGUCAUCAAUAGUCUGUUAGACCAGAUUCCAGACAUGUUUGCUGACACCGGCGAAAGCGAGACGGUCUUUGCCCCCGUCAUCCAGGCGGGCAUCGAGGCUCUGAGGGCAGCGGAGUGCAGCGGCAAGCUCUUCGUUUUCCACUCCUCGAUGCCGACCGGCGAGGCUCCUGGGAAACUGAAGAACCGCGACGACAGGAAGCUGUUCAACACAGAGAAGGAGAAGACUCUCUUCCAGCCCCAGAAGGGCAUCUACGAGCAGCUGUGCAAGGACUGCGUCACCAGCGGCUGCUGCGUGGACCUCUUCCUCUUCCCCAGCCAGUAUGUGGACGUGGCCACUGUGGGCAGCGUAUCUAUGCACACUGGAGGCUCCGUCUACAAGUACAACAACUUUCAGGUGGACAUUGACGGGGAACAUUUCCUCAGGGAUCUCAGAAGAGAUGUGGAGAAGCCAGUCGGGUUCGACGCCAUCAUGCGAGUCCGUACCAGCACAGGCUUCAGAGCCACAGACUUCUACGGCGCCAUCCACAUGAACAACACCACCGACGUGGAGAUGGCAGGUGUGGACUGCCACAAGGCCGUCACCGUGGAGUUCAAGCACGACGACAAGCUGAGCGAGGACACGGGGGCCUUGAUUCAGUGCGCGCUGCUGUACACAUCCGUGGGGGGGCAGAGGCGGCUGCGAAUCCACAACCUGGGGCUCAGCUGCUCCUCCCAGCUGGCCGAGCUCUUCAAGAGCUGCGAGACGGACACCCUCGUCAACUUCUUCGCCAAGUCGGCGUACCGCGCCAUGGUGAACCAGCCGCUGAAGGCAGUGCGUGAGAUCCUGGUCAACCAGACAUCCCACAUGCUGGCGUGCUACAGGAAACACUGCGCCAGUCCUUCUGCAGUCAGCCAGCUGAUCCUCCCGGAUGCCAUGAAGGUACUCCCCUUGUACAUGAAUAGCUUGAUGAAGAGCGCCGCCCUUGUGGCCAGUCCGGAACUGUCCACUGAUGACAGGGCCCUGCACAGGAUCACGGUGACGGGCAUGGGCGUGGAGGAGACGCAGGCCCUUUUCUACCCCCGGCUCAUACCUGUGCACUGCAUGGACGUGGUGAGCGACACACUGCCCCCUGCUGUCCGCUGCUCAGAGGAGCGCCUCUCUGACAGCGGGGCCUUCCUGCUAGAGGACGGCCGGCGGAUGUUCCUGUGGCUGGGCCAGAGCUGCCCCCCGGAGUUCAUCCAAGGCGUUUUCAACGUGCCGUCCUUUGCGCAUGUCAGCCCGGAGAUGACUUCAAUACCUGAGCUAGACAAUCCUCUCUCUAAGAAGCUGCGGACUGUCAUGGAACGCAUCAGCCAGCAGAGGGCGCAGGCCAUGAAGCUCCUGAUAGUGAAGCACAAGGAAAAGUCAGACAUGCUGUUCCGUCAGUACCUGGUGGAGGACAAGGGUCUACAUGGAGUUUCCUACAUGGACUUCCUGUGCCACGUCCACCGCGAGAUCCGACAGCUGCUGACCUAACCGGGGGUCUCUGUGUCACCGCUGGUCCUUCAGCAGCACUAGUACCUUGCCACUAACAUUGCGAUCCCUUCAUCUGGACUGGUACUGAUAUCCGUGGCAUCAUUACUAUGAAUAAUCAUAAUAUUUAUAUUUUAACUGCGGCAAUAUUUAAAACACUCAACCGGGCAUGUCCACACUUUUCAAAAGCCAGCUGUCUAUCCCAGCACCACUAUUAAAGCAUCUUUUUCUCUCUGGGCCGUUUAGAGCAAGUGUUUCCCGAUUCGGUCCCUGGGACCCACAGACAAUCCACGUUUUUGCUCCCUGCUGGGAGGGAGCAAAAAUGUAGACUGUCCGGCAGGGAGCUCAGAGGGAGCAAAAACAGGGACCGACUGUGGGUCUCCUAGGACCGGAUUGGCAGACACUGGUUUAGAGUGAUGCACAAACUCACAGCAGUCAUAGAGAGCUGACCAAUCACGUAGUGCCAAAGGCUCGUUGAAGGCUGCACCAAUCAGCAGUUGUUAACAACACAUCAAUCAUUAAUGGACCAAAGAGACUCUUUAUGACAACUGUGUAAUGACUAAUGUGUAAAGUCUGUUCUGAGAAUCAUUAAUUACCCUCAUAGCAUGUGACUGCACAUGUCAUAUGACUAUUAUUUUGUAACAAAAUGGGAUAUGAUUUAAUAUUGUCUGCUAUAAACAGCCUUAAUCGUUUUAACUCAUCUAUGUAUAUUAAACAUGUGACCAUGAUUAUGGCAUUUAGCACAGGGCAUUUUUCCAAGUUUGUCAAAUAUCAGGUAGUGAAAGUGCUAGUUAGAAAUAAAUGCAGUUGAAUUAUUUGUCCAAAAGCACUACUUUGCAUUGUGUGUCAGAUUUGCUAAUACAAAUUACAGCAGUUUUAAAAGCUUUAAGACUUAAGCGCUUCUGAUCUGUAUUCCGUUACAAUUCUGCGAUCAGAUCUGGUUGUCCUCCAAAAUCGUCUGUAUCUCUGGUUAGACUUGCUAAUAAGAUCUUUGCUAAUGAGAACACCAGAUGUUCACAAUUCUUGCCAUAGACGGAUAAGAAAUUUUGUAAAAUGAUUAAUGUAGUUGUUUGAGUUCUCUGUUAGUCACUAAGGAAGUUGUCAGAUAUCGGUAAAAAGGAAAAACACCCAUUUCUUAUGACUAUAUAUUUAUAGGUGCAUCAACUAUGUCUUAUUUUAAAACAUCCCUACUUUGGCACAUUCGUAUAAUUUGUAUGCAGUUUGAAAAUACAUGUGUAUGUAACGCAUGUAAUCUGAUAAUAUUCAAACAAAACAGUUUUCUAGACCAUAAACCACAGACCGGUACUGUGACUGUUUUCCUUCCCUUUUGCAUCCUUUUAAGAUUCAAACUUGACAUGGACAGAAAAUAUUCGUUUGUACGUCUCAGGUACGAUGCACCCUACAAAACCUUUGUAGAUGAAUAAAAGGAAUGGAUCAGGGAUACUGCAGGAAAUCUAGCCACCCAUCCAUCUCCAAAACUAUUUUCCUGGUCAGGGUCCAGGGCAGCAUUGGGCAUAUGGGUUGGAUACGCCCCCCCCCCAGGCAGGAUGCGAAUCCAUCACUGGGCACUUACACACGCGUACUCAUGCACUAUGGGUAAUUUAGAGACGCCCGUUAGCCUGACUGUGUGUUUUAGGCUUGUGGGGGGGGAGGGGGGGGGACCUGUGCAGCACAGGGAGAAUAUGCAAGCUGCACAGGGCCAGUGGGAUUUGAACCCGAACCCUAGCGUGAGGCCGCACAUCCACUCAGCAGCACAAGCAACAAUUGCUGGGUGUAAUUUGUUGUAUGAGUGCAUCCAUGAGAAUUGUGCAAUGUGUUUAUAUAUUCCUACAUAAUAUCUGCUACUGUUUUUUUUUUAAAUUGUACUAGAGCAUAUCUUAAUCUAGCUGAAGACUUGUAACUCUAUAGCAAUAAAUGUUCUAUUCAGGAGGA